AUGAAUCGACAACGACCUGUUCCACUUCAAAUAUUCGUCGUAGUAAUGGGAUCAAUCAAUAGCUUUUUUGGUCGAAUUCAAAAACUGUUUCGACAAAAUCGCAAUCGUCAUGUAGUCGAUAUUACUGGAGCCAGUGGGCUACGUGGGCGUUACAUGAACAGGCAUAAUGCACCACCCGUCACACUGACAACUUCUUCAAUUCCCUCAUCAAUUGGGGACCGCCGAUUCCUGCUCAAAGUAUGCAAAACAAUGGACGAAGUCGUCAAGCUCUGCCAAUCUCAGAAGCUAAAUCUCAAAAGCUCACCGCCGUUCAUCCUCGAUAUUCUUCCCGACACUUAUGCACAUCUCAUGCUGAUAUUUACAAAUCACAAUAAUAUGCUUCGAGACAACGAGCUUCUUCGGAUAUUUAUGAACAAUUUAGUCUCCAAAUGCAAAGAAGUAUCGAAAUUGUUUCGUAAUACCUCAAUUUACGAUGAGAAAUCGGAAUAUCGACGGGCAUUGACAAAAUAUUCAUUAAUAUUAUCGCAUAUGCUCUUUGAGUUGAGAGCAGAAUUUCCAAAUGGCGUAUUUGUCGGAGACAAAUUCCGAAUCACCAAAAAGGCCGCUGAAGAUUUUUGGAAUUCUAAAUUUGGGAAAAGCAAACACAUUGUUCCGUGGCCAACAUUCUUGAAAGCGUUGGAGCAACAUCAUGGAGGACCGAUUUCAAAAGUUCAGGCGAUUGAACUGAAGAAAACACUUGACCUGUCCGAUGAUGGAUUCAUUUCUACAUUCGAGUUUGACGUAUUCACUAGGCUUUUUUACCCAUUCAAAACAGUGAUCAACAACUGGCAAACACUUACUACCGGUCACCCAGCAUAUUGUGCCUUUAUGACAUACGACGAAGUGAGAACCCGCUUGGAGUCUCUUGUUUCGAAACCCGGAAGCUACAUUUUUCGUUUAUCCUGCACGAGGCCCGGACAAUGGGCCAUCGGAUAUGUUGCACCAGAUGGAAGAAUUUAUCAAACAAUUCCACAGAACAAGAGCCUUAUUCAAGCGCUCUUCGAAGGAAGCAAUGAGGGAUUCUAUAAAUAUCCAAAUGGACGUGAUCACGACAUUUCUCUUGAUAAAUUGAUGGAGGCUGCACAAGCAGAGAGAGUUAUUGUUCAUGACGAUCAAAACGAUUUGUAUACUGAAAUGGGAACCACUUUUGAAAUGUGCAAAAUAUGCGACGACCAGCAUAAAAAUACUCGGAUUGAGCCUUGCGGACAUUUACUUUGUCAUCAGUGCUUAGUUCGUUGGCAAGAUACUGAAGGAGGUGGUGCUACUUGUCCAUUCUGCCGAUAUGAAAUCAAAGGCACCAAUGCAAUUGUCAUCGAUCGAGUUCCUGCUCAUCGUAGGCGAAACGUGAGAGACAAUAAUGAUGAGGAAGAAUUUGUUGAAAUGGACUUUGGAUACGAUGCCGAGACAAAUGAAGUUAAAGUGACCAUUGUUCCGCAGACUCCUGCAGUUCCAUCCGUCAGCGAUCUUCCUAUUGCUCCGCCUCCACUUCCACCAAGGCCACAAAACAGAGGAGGCCGCUCAAACUCAACGAGGCGGCAUGUUCGAAGUUAUGUGAAUGUGGAAGAAUCGUUGCCUUCCACUUCGACAGCACCAACUAUAACCGCCCCACCAUUGCCACCUCGUCCAGCCAAUAGCUCGCGCGCAAACUACGUCAAUGCACCUGUUAUUGGACAGAGACAUCUUCUUGAUUAG